CUAUUGGGCAGUGCCAGAUACCAAACUCCACGUCAGCGUUUGGGAUUUAUUUCGAGGUCUCUUCCUCGAUCGAUGGUAUGGGGACGAUGAUCUGAGGCGCAAGGAAAAGAAUGCGCCAUGGCCACUGCUGCUACUGCUGCUGUGAAUUGCAAUCUCUACAAGCCGGUUGUGGCGUCGGCGCCAGGAUCUCAGAUUUCCUGGAAUCGGUCCCAUGGACCGUUUGUAAGUCAUCUUGCUUCUAGCUCGGACAAGCUUGCUGCGAGGUGGAGGGCUUUCAGUUUAGGAAACAAGGGAAUUCACAGCGGUGGUUUGAAAUUCGUCGAUGAAGUACUUGCCGAUGAUGUCUCAUCCAGUGCUGGAGCAUCAAAUUUUCCAGGAGAUGAUGCCUCUAGUCUUUCUUCUGGGACUGGAGCGAUGUAUUUGCCAGAGGUUGCCAGUGACAGCGAUUUGCCCAAGCCCGGCAUUUUUUCCAGUGAUGCAGUGGAAGCUCCUCAGCUGGAAGCACCACCCCAAGGUGGCGAUGACUUGAUACCAGACUUUUCAUUGGCUCCUGGAGAAGAGAGUCAAGGUGGUGGUGUUCUAGACGUACCGGAUGGAGGAGAGCUGGGUGGAAAUCCAUUAUCUUCGGCCGCGAAGGAGGCCUCCGAUGCGUUGAAAGGCGCGGCUGAGGAUGUCUCGAGCACACUGUCCGAGAUCCAAGAGAGUGGCGCGAACUUCUUCGGUGGGAUCAGGGACUCCAUCACAGGAUCUAUAAACAAGGCUGAGAACUCUAUCCAGGACGCGUAUGACAGUAUCAACGGAUCCAUCUUGAGGGUGAUAAAGGGAGCUGGGGAGAAGGUUGAUGAUCAGCCGUCGUCGAAUCCCCCCGGUCUUUCGAUAGAUCUUACGAGUCCCUUUCGGACUGGAACUCCCGUCAACAAUGCGCUCAAGGAGGUCGUCAUAUUCGUGAAGAAUGGCGUUGGAGGAGUUGGCCAUGCUGUAUCGGACGUGUACAGCUUAGCGAAAGGCUCAGCGCCAUCCGAAGUACAGAACGCCCUGAGCAGUGCGGAGCAAAACGUUUUUGCGCCAUUGAGUUCGGUACUACAUCAGUCUUUUGAUGCUGCUGUGAGCUUGGAAAAAGCCGUGGGUAUUGAUCCCGAAAAUCCUAUCAUUCCGAUAUUUCUGGUUGGAGGUGGAAGUGCUUACGUGGGGUUUUUACUUUGGGACUCGAAGUAUGGUGGUUAUGCUGGCGAUCUUUCGGCAGAUACUGUGUUUGACAUGCUUAAAAAGGAGAAGGUUGUGCUCGUCGACGUACGGCCGCAGGAAUUAAAAGAGCGAGAUGGUGUUCCGGACGUCAGAAGAGGAGCUCGAUUUAAGCUUGCGAGCAUUACUGGCCUGGAGGUAGAGCGUCCUGUGCGAGAUCUCUUGAGAAGUGCAGAUGAUGUAAAUAGCUUGCUAACAGCAACCUUGAUUUGCAACUUGAGAAACGUCACGUCCACCUCAAAGGUUGUCGUCAUGGACGCUGAUGGUACUCAAUCGAAGAAAAUUGCAAAAGCAUUGAGAAAAGUCGGGAUAAGAAGAUCGUAUCGUCUAGAGGGUGGAUUUGCUGCCUGGUUGAAAACCGGCCUAGGACAAAAGCCUGAAGGACAAGAAACACCACUCAAAAUUCUCAAGGAGGAAACCGAGGCAGUUGUGGAGGAACUCAAACCAGCUGGAAUAGCUGCUAUAGCUGUGGGAUCUCUUGCUUCUAUUUAUGCUUUGUCUGAGUGGGAGAAAACUCUUCAAUUGCUUGGAGUGAUUGCUAUCGUACAGUUAAUCUAUCAACGACUUCAGUCAUACGAGAGUGCAGACGACUUUGCCGCUGAUCUGAGAGUUUUGCAAGCGCCACUCAGGGUUAUUCUUGAGUGGCUUGGAGGACAGCCCAGGACAAGUAAACUGGAGUUGGCAACCUCUCCAUCAACAACAGCCGUGCAGGACAGAGUGGUGCAAGCUGCUGCAAAGCAUGGGUCUAAGCCAGAUGAGUCUCAAGCCCAGGAACAAGAACAGGAUGCUACAUUCACUCAAGAAGGCCCAAGCAUAGCACAAGAUGCUUAGAGUGAUUGUAUUCCUAAGAAGUAAGCAAAAUCCAUUGAUUACAUAUCUCAA